UCACAGGCAUCAAGUGACGCUAUCUCCUCACAGCAUCACCUUACUGUCGAUUAUCUGUCCCUGUCACGCAUCACUGCAACAUGAACUAUAUCUUGUCACUGAGCGUUGCGUAUCUGUUGCUAAACACAGCAUAUGCGGACUAUGCACGCGAUGCCGAGUCUGCUAUCAAGCUGCUCCAAGAUAAGUGGUACAACGCUGAGACUGGCUUAUGGAGCGAUAUGUGGUGGCAGUCGGGCAAUAUUGUAGAGACCAUUGCAAGAUUCGGCAUACAGGAUGCAGACUUCAAGCAAGCAGCAAUCGAUAUUGUCUCCAAUACAUACGACAAGUCACCGAAUCAGAAAGGCUACAAUAACUGGAAGAAUGACUUCUAUGACGAUGAAGGCUGGUGGGCCAUGGGAUGGAUCGCCUCGUUUGACUUGACUGGCGAUCAGAAAUACCUCAACACCGCGAAAGAUCUCUUUGAAGACAUGACCGGCGGUUGGACCACGCCAUGUAAAGGUGGCAUCUGGUGGAACAAACCGAAGACGUCCAUCGCCUCUAUCUCCAAUGAGCUCUUCCUUGCGGUCGGCGCAUCACUAGCUAACCGUGUUUCGGCUGAGGAAAAAUCCCACUACCAAGACUGGGCGCAGAUGGAAUGGGACUGGUUCUGGAACUCUGGAGUCAUCCGUGACGGUCUCAUCAACGACGGCGUCGACAACAUUACUUGCCAAAACGACGGGAAAACAACGUUCACCUACAACCAAGGUGUCGUACUUACCGGUCUCUCUGAACUGGCCAAAGCAAAGAGCGAUGGUGGACUCAUCGCCCACGCCAACGAGCUCGCUAGCACCUCGAUGAGCAGACUGAGCGACAACGGUAUUCUGACCGAGCCAGUCAACCACCCUCUGGAUGAGCAGGGCGCCAUGUUCAAGGGACCAUACGUCAGAGGCCUGUCUACCCUCAAUGAGAACGAGGGCCAGCAGACCUUCACUGAUUUCCUGAAGAAGAACGCCGAUUCGGCACUGGCAAACGCUAAGAAUGGCGAUGGUGUCAUUAGAGAUCGCUGGCAGGGUGGCUCGGAUGGCUCCGGCGCGGCGAGCCACGCGGCAGGUAUCGAUGUGCUGGUCGCUGCUCUACAAGCUUCGACUUGAGAACCAUGACGAUGGUGUCUCAGAAGUCGAAUCGUUGCUUUUUACAAGGUGUUGUGGACAUCACAAGGGAUUGUCCAUCGGACUUCCUCCUAAUGGGAAUGGUGGCGGAUUCGGACUCGGGAGCACACUGCUGUGUUACCCUGUCGUUGCUUGUUCUUUGCAUCUUAUACCCAACUUGUCAUAUUUAGUUCUUUACUUGCAUGUUUCUGUACGACCGUCACGACCGCUACGCCUCAAUGGAAUCUCGGAUUUGUUCAAUAUGCCUUUCAACACCAAGUGCAAGUCAUCGUAAACGUUCAUUCGAUCGUGCUAAAGAAGUUCGUCCACUAGCCGCAGC